ACUUCAGACAAAUCCUCUCACAAAGGCAGAUUUCACUCAGUUAUAUUAGUGGACAUAUAAUUCCCUGCUGGAAUAUCCAUAUGACGAGUUUUAUAGACAGAUAGCUGUGCCUGACCUCUACUGCGCACUGUGAGACCACACCAGGUGUGAAUACCGCCCUAGUUGUACUGUAUAGAGGUCAUUACCCACGGCUGUGGUGUAUAUACCCAGUCCCGCAGUGCGCUCCUCCUCCCUAUACGGGGUUGCUAUUAUUAGGGAUGACUUCCUGCACUACUCAUCUGUCCUGUCACACACUACACAGUGGAAGAGCCAGCACACACACACUGGGCGGGGCCUGAUAACCCGGAACUGAAACACAUCCGUAUUUCCAUAGCAACACAACUCUUUCCAUAGGGACAAAGCGCUAUCGCUAACAUUUUUGACCCAACCACCUUGCCGUAGCCGUAUGACAUCAGAGUCACAUGAUCUGUAAGGGAGAAAAAAAAAAUCAGUGGAAGCUUAGGAAGCUGACAGCUCCGGAGCGCAGAGGGCGAGGAGCGGGGCCGGGGCGUCUGAUGGGACCGCGUGUGUAGCAUGAGAGUCCCAGUGAUUGGUCGGAGUCGCCAGAGGAGCAUGAGCAUACGCUGAGGAGCUGUCGGGCUGCUGUAUCUUCCUUAUUGAAGGAUCACCGAUGGGUCAAGGGCUUUGGAGAGUUGCAAGAAACCAGCAAUUUCAACAGGGAUACAUAGAUAACAACUUCUUGUCCACUGAACAUGACAGCAAUAUGAACCACCGGAGACACACACAGGGAGGCAUAGACCUCUACCAGCUACUGAAAGCUAGAAGAGGAAAAGAUGAACAAGGAUUUAUUAAUCUUGAAAUGCUGCCACCUGAAUUAAGCCUUACUAUAUUAUCCUAUCUCAAUGCAACUGACCUGUGCCUGGCAUCCUGUGUAUGGCAAAACCUGGCCAAUGAUGAACUGCUCUGGCAAGGGUUAUGCAAAUCAACUUGGGGACAUUGUUCCAUAUACAACAAAAGACACCUGCCAGGAUGCUCGUAUCGAAAUCUCUAUAUGGUUCUGGAUGAAGGAAGUUUAACAUUUAAUGCUAACCCACAUGAGGGAAUUGAAUAUUUUUUAUCCAGGGGUAUACUUGAUGACUCACCAAAGGAAAUAGCAAAAUUUAUCUUUUAUACCAGAACCCUCAACUGGAAGAAAUUAAGGAUAUACCUUGAUGAAAGGAGAGACGUAUUGGAUGAACUCGUGACAUUACACAACUUCAGCAAUCAAUUCCUACCAAAUGCACUGAGGGAGUUUUUCCGGCACAUACAUGCACCUGAAGAACGUGGGGAAUACCUUGAAACACUCAUUACAAAAUUUUCACAUAGAUUUUGUGCUUGCAACCCGUCACUAGCAAGAGACCUUGGCCUUAGCCCUGAUGCAGUGUAUGUACUGUGCUAUUCUUUAAUUCUGCUGUCCAUUGAUCUGGCCAGUCCCCACGUGAAGAACAAAAUGUCAAAGAGAGAGUUUAUCAGGAACACGCGUCGUGCUGCUCAGAACAUUAGCGAAGAAUUUGUAGGACAUCUUUAUGACAAUAUUUACCUUAUUGGCCAUGUUGCUGUGUAGAAGAUUUAUCUCUAGGCUCUGAAACAUUAGUCAACUACUACUAUAGCUCUCCAAAGCAUUGACCCAGUUGGCAAAUGGGGUUACGAUAGUGCUGGUCAUUAUAACCUCUGUCUACCAUCUAAUCAUGUGUUCUGUCAUUUUUUAGCAAUCUACCUUGGAUAGUGAAAAUUUUUGAAGAAUAAUUUUUUUACAAAUAGACUUGCUUAUCAUGUGUUGCACUUACCCCGUGCCAUUAGACUGACCUAGCCAUUUAUGACUGUUAAACUGACAUUACAAUGUAGGCCUUCUUCAGGGUGUUGGAUAUAAACACUAGAUUUUGUUUUGGAACGCAUUUACCAAUGCAUUUUUUUGUUUUUUUUUUUUAAUAUCUUGUAAUUUGUACAUACUAAACUAAAGAGAUUUAUAAUCAUAAUAUAAAUAUU